GAAUGACAGAAAAGUGGGGGUUUUGUCAGGAAGAUUUUGGGACGCGAGAGAGGAAGCAGAACACGCAAACAAACCGCUAAACUUGUCCAAACAUCUGUCUGGGAUAGAAGGCAGUGUUAGGGCUUGGGACCAUCCAAUGGUUGGGGUUUGGGCACUGGCUGGGAAAUGGAACCUGGGCCUUCUGCAUUGUAGGCAAUCUCGUCUUCCUUAUUCACCUCAAUUGCUGGUUUAAUUGGCCACCAUGUGCUGGAGUCUAUCAGGUGCGCUGUUGCUGUCAAGCUUCUACAUGUGUUUAUCAGCAGUACAUUCGUGUUUGAUCAUCAGCGAAGUGAAUUGUGAUAAUCCCAGCUUUGACACCAAAGAAUUUGUAGAGUUGUUCUCACUUAGUGCUGGCUCCACCUCUCUGGAUGGCUACACCCUGGUUUUCUAUAACGGCAAUGGGAAUGUGGCGUACCGCGUCAUUGACCUGAGCGGGCACAGCACGGACGAACGAGGAUUCUUCCUGAUUGGCUCGGCCGAGCUGAAGCCAUCUCCGGCCAUCCAGCUUCCACCAAACUCCAUCCAGAACGGCCCUGAUGCCAUCGCCUUGUAUGGCCCGUCCUGGGUUCCUGUAGCUGAGAACGGGAACGUCUCUGCUAUCGGGCUGCUGGAUGCCGUAGUUUAUACAUCUCGCCGGGUAACAGGCACUGCCGAUGUGUUGUCGCAUGUCCUGACACCAGGUUCUUUUCCAUAUGUUGAGGAUGAUCAGUUUUCAGAAGGAGACGAGUCCAUCCAGAGAUGCUGGCUUUCGGAUAAUCACUACAGCUUUCAAAAUGCCGUGCCCACACCUGGACGGCCCAAUAUCUGCCCACCGUCAAACCCCGGACAUCUGUGGAUUAACAGGAUUCAGUUAAGUGGAGGGACACUGACCGGACCUGUCGAGAUUAGUGUUGGGGAAGAAAGAGGGGAGAUGACGAUGGUGGUGUAUAACACGCAGACAGACACGGUGAAGACCAGUGUCAGUUUCCAGGCCAGUAAAACUGGGAAUGUUUCUGUAAAUUUGAACACCACUUUGUCAGAUUCAGAUGGCUGGGCAUUGGCGGUGUACCAGGGGAGUGUUAAAGAUUUCCAAAAAGGCAACCCACUCAAUCCACUUCAACCACUUGAUGCCUUCGUUUGCACCGGACUUACUAACACACCUAGUGCCAGUCUCACCGAGACCCUCAUACCAGGCAGGAAGGCCUUCAAGCUCGACAGCAGGUUUUCAGAAGGCGAUGCUUACAUCACCCGGUGUGGUACAGCUCACUGGGCGAGAGAUCCCGGAGUAUUUCAGCAUCAGAUCCAGAGACCAAGCGAGUCCAUCCAGUGCAAGUGGUACAACACCUGUCCUUACAACACUGCUUUAAACAUGACAGACGAACCUCUCGAGCCCUGGUCAGAUAAGGAUGGUGACUUCCUGAUCAGCGAGGUGAACGUGGACUCUCCAGGUUCUGCGGAAGAUGAGGAGUUUGUGGAGCUCUGGCAUCCAUCCGGCCGGCGGACUUCACUCAAUGACAUCUGGAUCCUGCUGAUCAACGGCAACAAUGGAAAAAUCUACCGUGAAAUUGAACUCGACGGAUUUUACACAGACCAUUUGGGCUACUUUCUGAUCGGCAGCGAUAAGCUCAAACCGCAUGUUGCUUUACCAGCAAAUACCAUCCAGAAUGGUCCAGAUGCCAUAGCCAUAUACCGUUCGACAUCUGCGCCCUCCCUCGAGGACGUCAUGGUUCCCAAGAAUGGGCUCCUGGAUGGCAUAGUGUACCGAUCCCGGAGUUCAGACAGAGACUGGGCAGAACUCGUCAAAGCUCUGACCCCAGGUCAGCUCCCACUGCUGGAAGACACUAUGUCACUUGAAGGAGAUGAGAGUCUCAGCCGAUGCGCGCUAAACCGAGUUGACCUGAACUCCUUCAGGGUCUCCUCUCCCACGCCGAUGAAAGAGAACGAUUGCCCACGCCCCCCUAAAGAACUAGUCAUUAACGAGGUGGGCGGAGUCUUAGGAACCGACGUCUUUGUGGAACUUAUUGGUCCACCUUUGGCUCCUUUGCACGGUAUGGUCAUAGUGCUGAACGAGCUCAAUGCUACAACGAGACACGUCAUUCCGCUCAAAGGAGGUCUAGGAAAUGACGGAUUCUUCCUAAUGUCCAACGAUUCCAGAGCUGAUCAGAAUUUGCCGGCCGUGGCAUCUCUCGGUGCAGUCUGGUUGUGUUACGGCUUGCCAAGCGUGUGUAGCAGCGAAUCAAAAGUCCAGGACCUGUUAUUGCUCUCUAAUAAACCAAGCCUGCAUCCUUUUCCCCAUAGAGUUACCCAUCAGGUUGUGUACCCAGUGGCCAGUUUCGACUCUGUCUCUCGCUGUGCGAUGAACCGAUCUGCUGCCUGGACCGCCUCUCAUCCGACGCCCCGCCGGCUAAACCUCUGCCCGAACUCCACCUACUCUGUCCACAUGGACCUGUGCCUGGAAGCGUCAGAUUCUCACAUUACAUGCACAGAGGAGGGGUUUGCAGAGCUGUUGGAGCGCUCCUGUCAGUGUGGCAUCUCCGGUGCCCAUCUUGCAGGUGUGAAUUUAACCUGCAUAUCCGAGCGCCUGUACGCAGAAGGUCCUGUAUUUUCACUGUCCAGUCAGCAGAGGGAGCUUGUGGCACAGACACUGCAGAAAACACAGACACUCUCCUGCAGCAUAGUCCAGGAGCGGCUGUACAAUAAAGAGUCUGCGCUGGGGCUGCAGGUGGGACUGGUGUUAACAGUGGUGCUGCUGUGUGCACUAGGGGGAGCCAUUUUCUUCUACCUGUACAAGAAAAAACGGCCUCAAGAUUACUAUUCAAUGGAGCUGAACGAACAUGACUCUCCCAUGGAUCUCUAGCAUCCGUGUGUGUGUGUGUGUGUGUGUGUGUGUGUGUGUGUGUGUGUGAGAGUACAUUUUAAAGGAAAUCUAUUUUUAUGAUGCGUGUCAUAAAACUAAGUGGUUUAAUUUUUACUGAAACUACACAAAGGUACGCUCUGCGUUUUUUUUUUAAAUUUUGUUUACAUAAUAACAACUUUUUAAUACCUUUGUUUGUUUACUGUUGGUCAGGAUGCUAAAGGUACAGUCAUUAGUGUUUAAAAAUGUUUUUAUAGACCUGGAAUAUUAUGAACAUGUCAUAUACUUACAGAUUUUUGUGUGCAAGAAGUCCGAAUAGAUUUUAGGAAUUUUUUGUUUGUUUGUUUGUUUAUCCUUAAAUAUUAGCCCCAGGGUUUCAUUCAGAGUGUCCAUGUAAUGUUUCACAGAUGUAAAACCCAUAUGAUUCAAAUGUCUGGGAUGGUAACUGUUAACAUUCGUUAUUCCUAUUCUAUAACUACAUAGAGUUUUUGGAAAACCACUACCGCAGGGUGAUUGCCUUCAGUUUUGAAUAAAUAGGCUCAUGGAAAAAUAUAGUUCUUUUCAUAGAUUCAGUGUAUCUGGGUGUCCUGAGUCACUCACACUCUCAUACCAGCAUUUGUUCUCAGUAUGAAUUACUUUUUAUUAUCUUUACACUAUAGAAAGGGAAUUUCUUGAAACAAAAUCUUUUUUUUUUUUUUUGAA